AGAUAGGUUUAGGUACUAGUACUACCUCAUACAUGUACAUAUGGGUUUUUCUCUGAGACCUGCAGAAACAUUUCUUUUACAACAAAUCGUCUGAGGAAAUAUGUAUUGGCUUGUUUGAGAAAAAUCAGCUAAUCAGCCGUUACUGUAAAACAACACUGAGUAGAUGCAUCCUUCCAUGCAGCCCACCAAUGAUAGUCCCACCUAUAAAUAACCAUGCUGCAACAGAUACUGAAGGAUAUGUACAUUGAACCUGAGCUCCUGGCAGAGUUGUCUGAUCACCAGAAGGAGCUUCUCUAUGUCAAGAUGAGAGAGGAGCAAGUGAGAAGAUACAAGAUCAGGGAAGAGAAAGAGAGGAAGGACCCACCGAAGAAAGUACCAAAGAAAGGCAAUAAGAAGGUUAUUUGGCUUCAGGGUCGAGAUGGAUGUGAAUGGGUGUGGGUGAUGGGGCAUCAUAAAGAUGAUCUGACCAUAGAAGAUAUUCUGGAACGAGAGAACAAGGAGAAGGCUAGGUCACUGGCAGAGAAGGAGGCACAAGAAAAGAGCUUUAUUUUCAGCACUGAAAAGGCAAAUACAACCCCUGUAAAGCCAGAGGACAACAACGAGGAAAGCAAAGAUUCCAUGAAAAAACAAGAAAUAGAAAUGAAGAAGAAAGAGAAAGAAGAACAGGAGAAGCAGAAGAAAUUGAAGGAGGAAGAGGAAAGACUGAAGAAGGAAGAAGAAGAGCUGGAGAGGACACGAAAGAAAGCAGAAGCGGAGGCAUACGCUUCGUUGAAGGAGCUACGUCUCCAGAAGGAGAAGCUGGCCCGGGAGGAGGCAGAGAAGAAGAAGAAGGAGCAAGAACUGAAGGAGAAGAUGGAACAACUCAAGAGGGAAAGGGAACAGAAAGAGAAGGAGCAGAGGGAGCGGGAAGAGCAGCUCAGCAGAGAGGAGGCUGUGAGGAGAGAGGAGCUGUACAUGAGCCUCAAGAAGAUCAGGGAGGAGCAAAGGAAAGCAGGCAUGAAGGAGAAAUAUCAAGCUGACAAGAUGUUUGAAGUCCAAUUAAGAGAAUCCAAGAGAGCAGACAAGAACAGGAGCCAUCGGGCAAGGAUAGCCAGGGAGGAGGUCAGAAGGUCAAGGAUGAGCAAAGACUUGACCAAUGUAUCCAUCCAAGAUGUCAAAGACAAGAAGAUUGUUCCUCCAGAGAAACCAUUUGAGGGUGACAAACCAUCACUUCCUCCAAGGAAGAAACAAGCGCCAAGACCCCCCAAGCCCACCGGCCACAAAUCUUUAGUGGAGUGGUUCCAGAAAGAAGAAUGUCUAAGACAGGCAGGACUUCUCAAGAACAGCCAAGAGAUCGCUCCUUGGUUUCAUGGAAUCAUCACACGACAGCAAGCAGAAUAUCUCCUCUACCCACGGAGUGAAGGUCACUUUCUAAUAAGAGUCAGCAAUCGUAUCUGGGGAUACGCCCUCUCGUAUCGGGACAAGGAAAGGGCGAAACAUUUCUUGAUAGAUGCAUCCGGUAGCAUGUAUAGUUUCUUUGGCCAAGACCAAAAGGACCAUGCUUCACUGGAAGAUCUUGUCCAGUUUCAUAUGCAUAUGCCAAUAUCAGAGAUGGGGAAAGAAGUCUUGCAAACGCCCUGCGGUCAAGCAGCGGAUCCACCCGACUAUCAAGAGCUCUUCUCUAACCAAGCCAAUCACGAAACACCGCUUUGAUAACAGUAUUCACAAGGGCUUUAUAUCUAACCAUUUAGAAUGCAGCACUUCCUAAGCAGUAGUUGGGACAGUAAUCCAAACAUAUUUUUGUAGGACCAUUUCAAGAGGUGUUUAUCAAAUGAAUUGGAAUGUAGUAGCAAUAAUUGGGACAUUUGAACAUCAGAACAGUGAAUUAUAUUGCACUGUUUUGAAAGCAGCAUUCAAAAAGACAUUAACCAAACAAAUUGGAAUGCAGUACUUUAGUAGCAGUACAUGUAUUUGGAACAUAAAGGCAUUGUUUUAGCCAAUCAUAUUACAGUACUAGCGUUCAAAGGGAAAUUUAUCCAACAACGUGGAAUGCAUAUAGCUCCAGUUGGGACAUAUUUACUGUCACACUCAUAUUACAGUGCUUUGAUAACAGCAUUUAGAGAGCCGUAAUAAACUCUUUAGCAUCUCAUAGACAACAAUAACCUAAUAAAUAUGUGCCUUAAUGAGAUACUACCAUGGAUUAGUAUCUACAGCCUUGGUAACCAGAGAUCAUACUUGUUUCUGUAGUACACAGAUCGAGUGAUAGGUUACGGGAUGCAGGUUGUUGGGAGUUGCCGACUUUGGCAUUAUAUGGUGCAUGUUCUAAAGUGCCUCUUACUCUGUUUGGAAUUGAAGCUGAAAUCGCUCAUGUAUACCUGCGAAGAUGUUGACGUUGCUUUUCGUAUUUGCAUGCGACGAGUAUAAUGGUCUUAUUGCUACAAAGUCACCUGUUCUAUGGUCUUGAUGAAAAAAUGAUAAUAUCAAGCUUUAUAUAGCGCUUUGUAUAUAACAAGGAUUUUACUAAGAGCUGCGUAUGCACCUUUUCACUCUGGUCAUUGCAUUCUGGCAUGCCUGCACACAAUGUAUGCACUUUCUCCACUCCCUGGGGACUAUAUCAGUUAGAAUUUCAAAAUUCAGAUGCAAGGCAUACUACAGUGGCUUUUGCAUCCUGUGGGGUACCCAUAUAGCACCUGGGUGAAGAGUGGCAAAUUGUAGAUUGAUGCCUGACCAAAGGACACUAAGCCAUGGUGGGAUUCUAACAAGUGACUCUCUGAUUACAAAAUGAGAAUCAGAUCCACAAAAUUAAUGUCUUUAAGUUUGUUUAACUGUAUUACCAACUUGAAUUAUAAAAACAGAGUGUCUGCAAAAAAAAGAGAUGAAAAAGUCAUUUUGUCAAUGACUGAUGUGUGUAUAUCUGUGAACUAUAUCAAUGUUGCAAUGAGUUUGGGUUGUAUUGAUACGACAAGGUAAAUGAUCGCAAAAAAAUACAUACAAUACUGUCAUAGGGUUUAGUAGAUUAUUGAAUAGGAACGUAGGAGGAAUACAGAAAAAAUAUGAGCAGCACUAAAUUAUAAGAAGAUAGUAAGUUAUCAGAAUGAAAAUUCAACUCUAAAUAAGUGCGUUGUAUGACUAGAAAAUCCAGGAUAUUCUAGGAAUUAGGAUUAGCCUUAUUUUCCGGAAAGAGCAUGUAGAAAUCUAUUUAUUGUAAUAUUUUAAACAAAGAGAUAAAGAAAUAUUUUCUUAUCCCGUCCUUUGUGAAUAUAUGAUACCCCUAUAUACAUUUUUGUACAUCCUUGCAUUUAUAUUCUAUUCCCAAUAGUUUCUAUUUUCUUAGAAAUUUCAAAUCUUAUUAAUAUUCAGUAAACCAUUCAAUUCAUUAACUCAUAUACUUAGAGAUACAGUUGUUAUCAUGUAUGAUGGAGGUUAUUUGUGGAAUGUCCCUGCUAAUUGUUAAGAAAUGUGCCAAAUAUAUUGAUGUCUAUUUUAUAGCAUUAACAUACCCUCAACUGCCAUAUAUAUAUAUUUUCCCAUUUACAUGAAUCAUUGAUUUUUGGUAAAUGAACUUUUUUCUUUCUUCUUGUGGCAUUUUGUUAGGAAUCAUUUAAAUGUUCAUUGUCAUUAUUUUGGUAUAAAAGGGAGGUGGAUACUGCCCAUCCUGUACCAGAAAAAUCAAUGAAAACUCACUUUUUUCCAAGUCAUGAAUUGUGUAGAUGGGAGAAUAUACAGUGCGUCCCACAAAAAAGGAAACCCAUAUUUCGUGUAAUAUGUCUCAAUAAUUGGAUUAUUUGAUCAUGAAAUUAACAUUAAUCAUUCAUAAGAAUGGAAUCUCUUCUUAAGUGUGACUACAUACUGAAUAUUUUACGCAUUGCAGAGUAAAAACAAUAAAGUCUGAGGCAUGUCAGAAACAAGUUUCGCAGAAAGUCACGUGUGAAUCAGCACCCACUCUCAUUUCGGGACUAGUGAAAGAAACGUAACAAAGAAAACAAAAGAUUCACUAAUGACCUAUCCCUUCCUUGCGCAAUGUCCUAGCAUCCUGAACAGAUCUUGACCCAUUUUUCUGCACAACUUGGUUUUGACAUUAAUUUUUUUAAACUCUUCUUGCUCAUCUAUGUGUAAACUAUUCAUAUCACAUUUGGUAUCGAAAUGAAGAAGACGAGUUGAAUUUUUAUUAUGGUGUAAAUGGAAGACCAUAAAUGGAAGAAAAAAAUGGGAAUCCCAGUCUCCUAUUUUGUGGGACGCACUUUACAUGGCAAGUGAUGGUGGAGCGUCAUGGCCCAGUGGAUUAGUCUGCGGACUUUGAAACAGAGGGUCGUGGGUUCGAAUCCCAGCCAUGGCGUAGUUUCCCAGGUGAGGUAAAUGGGUACCGGCAGGAAGUAAUUCCUGAAAAAGCUGUGUGCACCUGAAUAGGUAGCCUAGCUUAGCCGGGUAAUAACAAUAGCAGGGCCCGCUGGGAGAACAGUUUUUGGAACUGAAGUGGCUACCCUGGGUAAAUAUACCGUUAUUGUUAUUAUUAUUAUUAUAUGAGAAGGAUGCUUUAUAUGGUAGUCAUUGUGUUUCUACUUUUGAGAGAAAGAGACAGGAAAUAUUUGAACUCUUCCACAUUCUGAUAUCCUCGUUAUAUCCCCUCACCAUUUGUAUUCUUUUAAAUUAUGUAUAUAAAAAUUGUAUCUUCAUUUUAUCCACACUUUAUUGAAUUUGUUGAAUUUUGAAUAUAUGACAUUUCAUUUUCCUGGUGAAACAAGGAAUUGUUUAUAAUGUACACCAGCACAGUGUGUGUCUCGAGGAAAAGGUGACAAGCGCCCAGAAAACAGUGUUUGCGAUGGAGAUGCCAAAGCCAUGAUAGAAGUAUCCAAUGAAUCAUAUUAAUAUAUGUUUGAUCAAGGAUGAAUUAACUUAAUACUCUGAACCAUCACGUUAAAUGCCAAGCUGGUUUUGGAGCUUUUGUAAUUAUGAAACUUAAAGUUGAGCAUUCUAUAACCAUGUAUUCAAGAUCAUACAUAAUAGCAAUCAAACAGAUAUGUUGCCUUGACCUUAUCAGUACUAGCAACAUUAAUAAACUUGAUUGAUAUUGACUGAUGAAGAGAUAGAGAGUGUACUAUUUUUGAAAAAGACAAAAGUGUGUAUUUUGUAAUGUUUUUGUAGUAUACAUGUCAAAAAGCAUUGGUAGUACUAGUGGUAUGUAAAGAAAUUAUAGUAUUGUUAUGAUAUUAAGGGGUUGACUAAAAGUUGUGAUUUUGGAUAAUGGUGUGGUGGUAAUAUGAGUAAAGAGUAUGCCUUGUAACUAACAGACAAGGAGAAGGUUUUACUUCCUGUAACCACAUUAGUAGUGUUAACUUAUUGUCUAAUGCAUCAUGGUGAUCCCCAGGGUUGGCACCAGGGUAUUUUUUUUGGGGGGGUGACUGAAAAUUGAAAAAAAAAUUUGCAUUGAAUUUAUGUCGAGUCAAACAACCCAGAUCUCUGCCCCCCCCCCCUUGUUUUCUCUGCUUUCAUUCUGAUUUUGUUUUUCUAUCCCUUUUCUCUCUAAUUUCCCCUCCUAUUUCUAAAUUCCUUCAAGGGACCCUUGUCCCAUCCCCACCCCCAUAGCGCCACUCUUGGAGGUCCCUAUGCAAAGCCUAUGUGAAUUACACAAUUCGGUUGUCAACGAUCAAGUCUCUUUUUAUUUCUUCCUUUUAAUACAUGUUAAUGUAAUAAAAUGGAUUCAGUGGUGAGAAAUUUGAUGUUAUGUUAUUAGUUAUGAUUUUGUUUGUACAUAACUGUGAAUAUUCCCCACCUGUUGACAUGAAUAUGUGAUAUACAUGUAGUAUGUACAGGUCAUAAUUCUUCAGUUUAUGUUUUGUGUUAAAAUAGUGGUUUUACACUGUUUAAGACAGAAAAUCAGAAUCAAUUUGUAUUGAUUUUUUCUUGCACUGAAAAUAAUCUAUUGUUGAAUUUAUAGUGCCAUUGUGACAAAACUUGUAAUUACACAUAAUUUAUUAUUGGACUCUUUCUCAAUAUACAUACUUGAUAAAGCGUAAUUAUAUCUUGAAAUCUGCAAAGUGCAUGGCUUCAGACCACAUACUGUGAAUUGCAAUUUGAUUAUGUCAUGAUGGCUCUCGUUCUGGUCAGAAAAAUCUCUUAUUACAUAUCUGAUAAUGUGUGCAUAGAAGAAAUGGAACACUUACUUAAAUAUUUUCAUUUAUGUCUUUUAGCGAAGGUUGUUUUCACAAAAUACUGUAUAAUAGAUGUUAUUUGGGGGUUAUUUGUACCAUAUGUAUGAAUGAGUAGCUGAGCUGUGUUUAAAACAAGAAUGUGUGCCUUGUUGGGCCAAAUCUAAAGACCCUGUCACAUGGUUCCAUGCAAGCCUUGCAGGUGAGUUGCUGGCAAUCACCCGCAAUUCACCCACAACAGUUUUUAGCAUGUUAAAAACUUUUCUGUGUACAAAUCAGACUUGCGUGUGCUCUUGUGUGUGAGACACUGUCACUGCGGACAACUUGCAGGCAGUCUGCGUGUAGCAAAAAUAGUUGCGCGCAAGGCUUGCACAGAACGAUGUGACAGGGCCUUUAAACAGUUUUUUUUAUAAAAUAAUGAAUGAUCCAAUUCGAUCUCAGCUAUGGAAGCCCAGUGAUUAAACUGCAUCUAUACUUUCUCUUGCAAACAUAAUUCCUAUAAUAUCUAGAUCAGUUUAUAGCAAUUAAAGGGCAAUGUACUUUUGUAUUUAUUUGUAUCCAUCAUUACAAAUUUCAUUCUAUACUUUAUGUGUUCUUUAGUUGUUGUGAGCACUUUGGGCCAUUUUCGGAAAAGCACAGUACAUAAGUAAUAAUAAUGAUAAUAAAUAAUAAUUAUCCAGGCAAUGUUAUUGAGUGACACCAGAGUAAUUAUCAAUAUUAGUAAUUCAGAAAUAAAACAUCAAGUUUUAAAACCAUUGGUUAUUUGCACAUAUGAUUAGCAUGUUUGUUAAACCAUUUUCUCUAGCCUUGUGUGUUCAUGUGCAAAGGUCUUACAGUUAUUUGGUAUUGCACCGGAUGAUUAGAAGUUGUUAUUUCUGUUUAAUAUUGCAUGUCAUAAAAAGAAAUAUUUGAAGUUUGCACUUCAAGCAUGAAGUAGAAAUUCUGAAUUGCUUUAUAUCCUAUAUUUUUUCACAGAAGAAUUAUACAAAUCUUUAACCCAUCAAGAGUAAUAAGAAUUCAAAUCAUUUUAUAGGUUAAAUGGUAAGGUAUAUCUUAAGCAUUUUUUUAUAUGAAGAGAGAUAGAACUUAUAUUUAUCCAUCAUGGUGCUAAAUUCAUAUUUCAUACCAUGCGUGCCAUGCUUUGUAUUUUUCUGUAUUUUAUAGACAUAAAUUUUUUUUUUGAAAAAUAUUUCUUCAGUCAUUACUCUGUUAAUUUCUUAUAAUAUUUAGAUCUGAUAGUUGCAUUCCAAUUUGGAUGUAUUUUAUUUUGUACUUUAAUGGAGAAUAUCAUGGUAUUAUUUACCUUCUUUUGUAUCAUGGUAAAGUUUCAGUACUAUGUACUUAACCUUUUCAUAUACCUUGAAUUGGUAAUUUUUCUCCAAUUUUCAAAUUGGUUAAUUUUCUCUUUGUUUCAGAAUAAGAAUAAAUUAAUUUAUGUUAGAUUUUUAUGCUUUCUUUUCUUUCCAGUACUAUCCAUAUUUGAAUUGUAGACAUAAUCAUUUCUGUGAGCCAUACUGAUUUUGAUUAACUAUCAUUGUUUAAUUGUAACCUUUUAUUUUGGAGAAUAUGAAUUAUUGAUUUGUCUGUUUAAUUUCCAUGUCAUGGAUGGCUAAACAAAGUACUUAUUUUGGAAUUUGUAUUCUAUUAAACAAGGAAUGUCUACUUAA